CAAAAAGGUAAAAAGCCCUCCUUUUCGUAAUAUUUCUUUUAAAUGAGAGAAUAACUGGCUACCUACUCUGAAUGAAUACUAAAAUGCAUUCAAAACAAACACAAUUUUAUCUAAUUUGAUUAGUAAUCAAUUUUGCAUAAAUGUUAAAUUAAAGGUAGUGAUUAAUUUCGAAUUAAUUUAUUCAAGAGAAAUUAAAUGUGUAGUUUUUUUCAUAAAUUUAAUUUCUUUUGAAUAAAGUUCACCAAAAUUACCAUGCAAGAAAUAAUCUCCAUACAUAUCGGACAAGCAGGCACACAAAUUGGUAACGCUUGUUGGGAAUUAUACUGCAUUGAACACGGAGUUCUACCCAAUGGAUUCCUCACCACCGAUGUAGCCCCUUGUUGCCUCAGAGAGUGCGAAACAUUUACCACAUUUUUCGAAGAAACAGUGGUAGGCAAAUAUGUACCGAGGGCUGUGUUUGUUGAUUUGGAACCUAACGUUAUCGAUGAAAUACGAAACAAUCAAUUCCAACAUUUUUUCCAUCCUUCUGGGUUGAUUUCUGGUAAAGAAGAUGCGGCUAAUAAUUUUGCCAGAGGGCGAUAUACCGUUGGACGAGAGUUAUCUUCGGCUUUAUUUACCGCUAUUAGGAAGGAGGCUGAUUUGUGUAAUAAUUUGGAAGGGUUUUUUAUAUUCCAUUCGAUGGGCGGUGGUACAGGAUCCGGAUUGACGUCUUUAUUAAUGGAACAUCUGACUGCCGAGUAUGGGAAGAAGCAUAAAUUGCAGUUUAUUAUUUAUCCAUCUCCAAGGCUAUCAACCACAGUAGUGGAGCCAUACAACGCUGUUCUAACCACCAGCGACACCAUAGAGAGCAGUAACUGCGCCUUUCUCACCGACAACGAAGCCCUCUACGACAUUUGCUCUCGCCACAUAGACAUGGAGUUACCCACAUACGUGGACCUGAAUCGUAUCCUAGCUCAAGUUAUCUCAGCCCUAACAGCAUCGAAACGUUUCGAAGGCUCCAUCAACGUCGACCUGACCGAAUUUCAAACCAACUUGGUACCCUACCCUCGAAUACACUUUCCACUCAUCUCGUACGCUCCAUUUUUCUCAAUUCAGCGAGCCAAUCACGAAAUCGUAACGAUAUCCCACCUAACCCGUAUGUGUUUCGAAAGAAGCGCUCAAAUGCUAAAAUGUGAUCCGCGACACGGUAAAUAUAUGGCCUGCUGUAUGCUGUAUCGUGGCCUAGUGCCACCCAAAGAAGUAAAUUCUUCGAUCCAGGUAAUCAAAGCGAGCCACAUACCGUUUGUGAAAUGGUGCCCUACCGGUUUUAAAGUAGGAAUCAACUAUCAACCUCCGGCCGCAGUUCCAGGCAGUAAUUUAGCCAAAGUGGACUUGGCCUGUUGCGCCGCCAGCAAUACAACAGCCAUUGGCGAAGUUUGGGCGAGAAUAAAUUACAAAUUUGAUUUAAUGUUCUCGAAAAGAGCCUACGUUCAUUGGUACAUCGGCGAAGGUAUGGAAGAAUCUGCAUUCGUUGAUGCCAGAGAAAACUUGGCCGCUUUGGAGAAAGAUUACGAAGAAUGUGCUCAGGAUGGCGAUGAUCAGAGUUCUUCAGGCGGCGAAUCAGAAGGUGAAAGCUUGAUUACUGGUGAGACUUCGACGACCGCGUAUCCCACCAUUGAAGAUGCUGGUGAUGAUGGCCAGCAGUAGUCGGUUUUUGUUUGAAAUUUGUUUGUUACAAAAAAAAAGUUGUGUUUAAGUUUCAGUUUACUUACCUAUUUUAUAAUCGUGUGAAUUUUAAAAUCUACAAUAAGCUAUUCUUAGUGGUAUUUUUAAUUUCUGAAAUUAUUUUUGAUGUGUUAGUGUACUUUUGUUUGAUGGUGGUUUUGUUUUGAAAUUUUUAAUCGUAUUUUUAAAAUGGUUGAAAUUGUAAUUUUAAAAUUUGUGUUCGAUGACUUUUUUCUGUUGUAUAAAAUAAAGGGUAAAUUUUAAUAAUAUUAUGACGUAUCAUUUUUUUACGAUAUUUUAUUUGGUAGGUACCUAUCGUAAGAGUAAGCAUUAUAAUUCGUACCUUAUUAAAGGUGGCUAAUUUAAAUAGAUACGAGUAUAUUGAACGUAAAAUAAUUAGGUACCUAUUAAUCAUUUUUUUAAUAUUAAGUGCGUGCAGUUGAUAUUUUCAAAGGGUGAGCUCAAGUCUGACCAUUUUGUUUCUUGAAGGAGUUGA